AUGCCUCCUCCUCCACCUCCACCUCCACCAAGGCAGGGGGUUCCCAUCGCCCCCAGACCACCUGUGCAGGCUCAGAAGCCUCCCCACGAACUUGAGCCCAUCAUCGCCUUCUACAUAUUCGCUGCCGCCAAUGUUGUAGCUGCCUUCUUCGCACCGAUUCAGGACUGCGACGAAGUCUUCAACUACUGGGAGCCCACACACUACCUGAACCACGGCUAUGGCCUGCAGACAUGGGAGUACUCCCCUGAGUAUGCCAUCCGCAGCUGGACAUACACUGGCAUACACUCGCUUGUCAUCAAGCUGGGAAUGAUGCCACUUCGGUUCCUGGGUUUUGCUAGGUCAAAGACUGCCGAGUUCUACUUUCUGCGUACCUUCCUGGCCGUUGUCUGCGCUCUGUGCCAAACCCGUCUCUACUCGGUGGUUGCAAAAACGUUCAAUCCUCGCGUAGCCCUCUUCUUCAUCUUUGUCAUGGUAUUCAGCCCGGGCAUGUACCAUGCUGCACCGGCCUACCUACCGUCCAGCUUUGCCAUGUACAUGACGAUGCUGGGAUUCUCUGCCUUCAUGGACUGGACUGGUGGCAUCAGGACCGCUCAGGGCAUAAUGUGGUUUGGUAUCGGAGCGAUACUGGGAUGGCCUUUCGCAGGUGCUCUUGUGCUCCCCUUUGUGGCUGAAGAAGUAUUUCUGGUGUCCCUUACUGGUGAAGUUGUUGAAUGCAUCACACGGCUUGCCGACGGCUUUGUUCGGUCACUCCUUGUUUUGGCUUUGCAAAUGGCCUUGGAGACGUUUUUCUACAAGGCCAUUACAUGCGUGCCAUGGAACAUUGUCAUGUACAAUGUUUUCAGUAGUGGGAGCAGAGGACCUGAUAUCUACGGUGUUGAGCCGUGGCAUUUCUACAUCCGCAACCUUGCCUUGAAUUUCAACAUCUGGUUCUUCUUGGCACUAGGAGCUCUGCCACUGGUUCUCAUCCAGCACCUGCUUCUGCAAAACUCUGUCUCUAAGCAGACUCUGCUGCGAAGCAUUGUUUUCGUGAGCCCCUUUUAUCUAUGGCUCAGCAUCUUCACGUUUCAGCCUCAUAAAGAAGAAAGGUUCAUGUAUCCAGCUUACCCAGCAUUGGCAUUGAAUGCAGCCAUUGCGCUGCACAUACUACUUGCGAAUCUGGGAUCGACAGACCCAAGCCGUUGGGUCAGUAAAGUUCCCCCGCAGGUGAAGCUUGCCAUCGUCAGCAUACCGUUGUUGUUGGCCUUCGACGUGGGCGUGCUUCGAACUAUCGGUACCCUUACGGCUUACCCAGCACCUUUGAAGGUGUACAAGCCAUUACAUCAGGCAGGAGUGAGCAAGCCUGGCGACAACGUGUGUCUGGGCAAAGAGUGGUAUCGUUUCCCCUCGUCGUAUCUCCUACCGGACCGUGUUCGACCCAAAUUCAUCAAGAGCGAAUUCUCAGGAUUGCUACCUGGCGAGUUUAGCGAAGCCAAUGCAGGUGGCUUUGGCUUGUUUCCUGGUACAUGGCUUAUUCCCUCUGGCAUGAACGAUGAAAACCUCGAGGACCCUGGCAAAUAUACUAGUAUCGAGCAUUGCGAAUUCCUCGUUGAUUCCAGUCUCCCGGGGGUGGCAUCGACGGCUCUUGAGCCAGAUUACAUUGCAGAUACAGAACGCUGGGAGAAGCUCAAGUGUGAACCGUUCCUUGAUGUCACACAAACACACUUCUUAGGCCGUCUGCUGUGGAUACCCGACUUGCCCUUCGUUCCGCAACAACUCCGCAGAAAGUGGGGACAGUACUGUUUGCUGCAACGAAAGAGCCCGGGUGAGAAAGCUCAGGAUGCAUAG